GAUAUAUCCAAGUUGCCAAGGCAGGAGAUCUUCGUCAAAGGAAGGAAAGAGCAGAGCAGGAAAGGAGGAAGAGAAAGAGUUGAAAUAGAAGACUGACUGUUCCAAAGUGUUCAGUUUCACACAGAGAGAGUGCGUGGAAUUACUGUAGGUAGACAACUGGAUAUGAGAACUUGGAGGGAAGGUGCUUUUGAAGGGAGCGGACAGUCAACUUGAUUGCUCUAAACCAAAAACUGGACUAUCACACCCCGCAGACUGAUGAAUGGCAAGAUGAGUCUUUCUCGUAAUGGCACCCUGGAGAAACCUGUCUCCCUCCAGCCUUAUACUGAGCAGGGGGAGUCUGAAUCACCUCAGCACCAUCUCCAUCACACUGGCUCCAUCUCCUCGAGCACGCCAGCAAAUGUGUCCAACUCAGGAGUGGUGGUUCCUCCUCCAUACUCAAUAGCAGGCAGUGCAGUGAAUGAACCUCCUAUGGAGUUGAGGGGCUCUUUGGACUGUUGGGCCUGUUCUGUUCUGGUGACAGCACAGAAUCUGAUCAUCGCCACUCUCAACUUGGGUCUUGCUGCAAUUAUCUUUGGCCUCAUUCUCUUGCCGUCACUUGUCAUGGUCGUUUUUGGCUUCCUUUGCCAUUCAACGGUUCAGCGCCAUGGCACUAACGUCUACUGUUCAGAUCUCUUGGAUGAUGGAGGCUGUGUGGCUUUGCUGGUGGUGGGUUUCCUGCUGCUGGCUCCACUACUGGUUCUGGCCCUGGCUGCAUACUGCAGGAUGGCACGCCACCUCCAGUUGGGUUUGUGCUUCAUUCCCUACAGCCGUGCUGUCUACAAGAACCUGCCUGCAUCACGUCAUCGAGGCCUAGGGGGCUGCUGCAGCCAGCAGGGGGCAGGAGACAGUGAGAGAAAGGGUAGUGUGUGGGUUUAAAAUACAAAUUACUAAAGAAAGUGCCUGUUGAAUUUACUGUGAAUAGAAAUAGCAAUAAUUACAUACCUGUACAGAAAAUGUAUAGGCCUAAUGCCAAGACAAAUCAUGAGUAAAAUAAAAGCCACAUUCUCUGCAGUUUUGUUAAACUAAAAAAAAAAAAAAAAAAAUUAAAGUUCUCAUUUAUUCAAAGUUGCUUUCUUUUUAAUCUGUGCAAUUAUUCUGGCCUUUUUUAACUGGAUCUAUAGGGUGGUGUUAAAAGAGGGAAACUUUUUUUCUUUGUUUUUUUACUAAUGAAUAAUUUUACCAAUAUUUUAUCAAUUAACUAUUUUAAUGUUGUUCCUUUGUAACAUGUUUUUGCAUUUUUAGUAUUGUCUGUACAUUAAGAAACCUUCUUGGUGAUGAAAUUUCUAAAAUGUUAUUAUUAUUGUACAAAUCUGUUACUAAUCUUACAAUAAAUAAAGCAUUCCUGUCAUAUUUCCAUGGAUUAUCAAA